GGCUUUUUUUUUUUUGGAAGGGGGAGAGAGCCGGCCAGCCAGGUGAGCUCCUCCAGGUGCCCACUGCCCGCCCCGCCUCUGUAUAGAUAUGCCGAUGUCGCCGCGGGCAGAGGCGGAGUCCGUAACCUCGCUUUCCCCUCUUCUCGAACCGCGCCUUCCUGAGCGUCUUAAAAACAGGUGGAAAUGAAAUAAUUUUGGGAUUUCCUCCAAUGUCUCCGACGAGCACCUCAGGCACGCAGCGGCGCCUGAAAGGAGGAAGGAAAGAAGAAGCCAGCAGCGACCGACGGCGACCCGUAGCAACUCGCCAUGGCCGAACCAAACCCGAAAAGGCUCAAGAGCGGCCUGCCCUUCUGCGCCGUCCACCGCCAGCAGGGCCGCCAGCCCGGCAACCCGGUGAAGCAGAACUUCCCGCCCGUGGUGGAGGAAGGCCUGUGCGGGGUCACCAGCGCCGUGCUCGAGGUCGCCUCCGUCUUCCAGAUGCUGGGAGAAAUCUUCAGUGAUUCCAAUAUGGCUUUACCAAAUGUCUCAAAAUUCUUCCUGGAUCAGGCCAAAGAAGAGAGAGAAGUAGCAGACGCUCUGGUACAAUACCAGCGUGUCAGGGGAAGCAUUUACUGCAGCAGAAUUAUCACGAAACCACCAAAUAUGUUAUUAAAUGGUGUGGCACCAGCUCUGGAAGUAGCCUUAGUACAGCUGAAGACAGUGACAAGCUAUUUUGAAGAGCUUUAUACCCUGAGUAUCAAGUACUCAGAUCCUUGCACUGCAAGCACGAUUAAGAAGCAAUUCCUCAGAUCCAAGAGCAAGAAGAUUAAGUUGAUGGGAGACCUUUUAAGCAACGCUCAUAGGCUUAGGAGCACUCAGGAUGGCAGAGGUGGCCUGGAGAACUAUCUGAUAGAAUGUUCGUUGAAAGAACUAAAGAUUGGCCCUGAUUCAGAAACUCACUGCGAUCUCUGUGUACCACUUCAGAGAUGUACAGGAGUUGCAAAACAGCUGCUUCUGUUGCAUCAGGAAUUUCCACAACACAGGAAUAAUGGAAGGUCAAAAUACCCAGAGCUAUAUUGCUUCCUUUAUCAACCUCGGUGGAAAGGUUUGUGUGAGGCAAAUCGAAGACAGGAGGAGAAAUGGCUUUAGAUUGUUCGGUAUCAUGAAGCAUCCCAAAAUUUCUCCAGCAUAAGUCUCUGUAUCUUGAUACAUUGAUUGUGAAAGCAGAGUCCCUAUAAACAAGGAAACUGUACAGUCACAGCUUGAUUAUAGCUCAUUAUUUUCUUGGUUAUACCACAUUUUUAAGGACAGUAUUUAAUAUAAUAAAAACAGUG